AUGAGUCGUUGGGGAAAUAGUUGGUUCAGUGGUGGUGCCAGUCGUUUGAGUCCUUUUUCGAGUCGGGGUAAUCCACCGCAGGUACAAGAUGAGGAUUAUGAGUAUAUAACUGGUGAGGAUCUGGAGCAACCAAGAAGAACCUAUGAUCCACAUUUGAGACCACCUCAUUCUGCACAAGAGGAAGAUGAUGUGCUAUUGGUGAAGAACAAGGGGAUUACAUAUCCAGUUAAAUUCCCUGCUUACAGCAUUGGAGAUGGAAAGUUAGAAGUCAGUGAUGUGAGGAAAAGAGCUGCCGCCUUGAUGGAAGUUUCAAAUUGGAGGAAGUUGAAAUUGGUUUACAAAGGACAACAAUUAAAGGAUGAUCAUGCACUUGUUCGAAGUUAUGGAAUAAGAAAUGAGUCGGAAAUUCUUUGCAUUGUCGGGGACGCAGCAACUGGAAGUGAAGAUUCAGGAGAUGAAAGCGAAGAAGUAGAAGGGACCGCCGCCAAGCUCAGGAAACGAAUUCGCAAAUCGAAGAAUAAGAAGGGAAAGAAGAAGAGCAAUAAUAAUCUCAAAACACCACAAAUGGAAUCAUCUGCGACUUCCAGAACAGCUUCACCUAUCCCUCCUCCAACACCCAAAACACCAAUCGAGAAAUUAAAUGCUAUUUCGGAUACCUUCCACAACGACAUCUUACCAUUAGCAGAAGCAUUUAUUGCUAGUCCACCAGAAGACCAAAAGAAGAAGGAUUUCGAACAUAAGAAGUUGAGUGAAACUAUUAUGGGACAAGUACUGUUGAAGUUGGAUGCGGUUGAAACGGAGGGUGAUCAAACUGCGAGAGAAACCAGGAAAGCUCUUGUGAGAGAGGUUCAAGAUGUUCUCAAUGAACUUGAUUCAAAGGUUCCAGGUGCAGAAUAA